UGGGUGGAGUUGGGGCAUUAGGUGAUUUGAUUAGGUACUCUUUUGAUAUGAAUCUAUAUCUUUUUUGGUACAUCCUAUCUAAGCAUUCGCGUGACUAAGGACUGCCAUAGAAAAAAUAUCACUCAAUCGAGCUUCUGAGAGACUGUGAAUAGACAGGACGACUGGAAAUGAAAUUACGCCAAAGCUGAGCUGCUCAUGCUGAUGUACAUCUAAUGAAAAAAAAAAAAAAUGGCCAAAGCGAAAUGCCCUCCUCAUGACUCAAGCAUGACAACAUCCUGAGAUCCCUCAAUCAUAUUCCUGUCAGGCUCGGCCUCGGCCGGCGGCGCCAGGCUGUCCAUCUCAUGCAGGGUGUACUCGACCAGGUAGCUCUCGUCGACCAGCUCCUCCAUGCGGCGGUAGUGGCGCUCCGUGUAGGCCCUGAGCGCGUCCAGGACGUCGCCAAUGCCGCCAGCGGCACCGGCACCGGCGACGCGGCGCCUCCCGACGGCCAGCCCCGCCAGGCGCGAGGCCGGGUAGCUGCGGACGACGGCGGCGAGCACGCGCUGGGCGACGGGGGCGGUGCGGGCGUUUGCGUUCCAGUCGCGCAGGCGCAGCAGCAGCGUCGAGAGCUGGUCGUCGGCCAGGGUGGCCAGGACGUCGUCGACGGCGGCGCGGCCCGUCAGGCUGCCCUCGUCCGGGUCCUCGGCCCGCACGACCGUCGUGAGCAGCGAGAGCAGCCGGCCAGGGUGGUUGAGCUGCAGGGCCAGCACGAUGGCGUCGCGGUAGUGGCCCGCGCGCACGUGGUUCUCGAGCCGCUGCUCCUGCUCCACCAGCUCGUCGGCGGCGCGCGCCGCCGCCAGCUGCGUCGUGGUCGACGUGUCGCGCCAGAAGGUGACGGUCGAGUCCCCAGAGCCUGAGGCCAGGACCGCCGUGAGUGUCGAGUCAUCGCCCGGCGCUUCCCCCUCGCCGUUGCCGUUGCCACUACCAGGGUUGACGGCCAAUGCCCAGAUGCGGUCUGUGUGGUUGUCAAGUGUGCAGACCGCCUCGCCCGAGUUGGCAUCCCAUACCUUGACCAGGCCGUCGCCGCCGGCGCUGGCAAACUGGACAGGCCGCUUCUUUGCCGCGUCUCCCUGUGAAGCUCCGGCGAGGGGCAACCAGAUCACCUUUAGAACACUGUUGGAGUGGCCUUCAAAGGUCCGCAGGCAAGUAUAGCUCGACAGGCUCCAUAUCUUGAUGGUCUUGUCACCGCUGCCUGUCAGGACAAUGCCCUUGCCAGCCGCUGUGGUGCCGUCCUCGCCCUGGAGGAUCGGCAUGUCGGCCGGCGCAAACCUGACCGACCAGACACCCCUGCGGUGACCUUUGAGUAUACCUUGAACCUCACCCUCCUGUACGCUCCAGAUCUUGACAACCUUAUCCUGAGACGCGGAUGCAAAAAGUUGGCCAGCAUUGUUGAUGUCGACGGCGUUUAUGUCCUUGUCGUGGGCCUUUCUGGUAAAGACUGCCCUUGAGGCCUUCUUGGUUCCCUGCUGAGCCGUCCUGGCAAUUUCCCACUUUUUCACAGUGAGAUCUUGGGAGCCGGUGAUGAGGAAGGGCGGAGGAUGGUUUAGGGGAUCGGCGUAUGCCGCCGAAGAUGCCGGUGGUAUAGUCUUGGGUAGUCCAACGGCCCCAAGGGACUCGGCGUGGCCAGCGAAGGUUGCGUAGCAAUCGUACGAGUUAUUGGCAGGGUCGAUCCUCCAAAGCCGGGCCGUGUUAUCCUUGGCUCCAGUGGCUAUCCAGUGCCCCGACCAGUCCGUAUCAAGGGCAAUCACAAUGUCUUGGUGGCCCUUUAGGACAGUCACGUCCUGCCCGAAGUACCCGGAGCCCUCGGUGGCGUCGGCGACAGAGACGAUUCUGACAUCCUCCGAGUUCGUCGCCAGAGCCAUCAGGGACCGAUCUGGAAGGAGGUAGCCCAAGUCUAUAAUAUCAUCGUGGGUUCCCGAUAUGCGACGGAACAGCUGCAGGGGCUCCAUCUCUGGUAUUGUAACUGAUUCGACGGUCGGGGUCUGGUAGAGAACGAGCGUGUGGUCGGACUGCACCGAGACAAGAAGUGACUGAUCAGGACAAUAGAGCGCGUUGACGAACGCCUCUCCUUCGGACCUAGCGGGCUGCUCCCGUGUGACCUCUCGGCCGGUUUCCGUCUCCCACAGCCGGACGCAGCCGUUCCCACCGGCCGAGUAAGUCAGCCGACCGUCAUCAAGGAACCCCGUGGCCUCGACCAGCUCCAAGCUCGGCACGAUCUUGCGAGAUUUCCAGCUCUUUGGGUCCCACCAUGUUAUAGUCUUGUCGCGACUCGCCGUGACAAGGCAGUUUUGUCUCGGCGAAUAGUCUAUCCCUGUGACGUCAGAGACGUGCGACUCCAGGUCGCCGACAGCAGCGCGCUUGUGCAGGUCCCAGAUACGCACUCGGCCAUCUUGGCUGCCGGAAGCGAGACGGAAGUCCAAUGUCGCGGCGCCGGACUCCUGGCUGGCCUCCGCCGCCGCCUGCCCCUUUUUGUUCUUUUUGCUCUUGCCUCUGCCACCAAAAUCGGGUUUCGACUCGUCCGCGGCCAGCUCGAAGAAGUGAAGGGCGGAGACGAGGACGCUCGGCCCGCGGAACGUGUGCGUAACGUAACCACCAGCAAUGUCCCAGAUCUUUAUGGCACCGUCGGCGGCGCCCGUCGCAAGCAGGGUGCUGGUCCGGUCCACGGCGAGAACCACAACGGGGGUACCGUGGGGUUUCAGGGUGCGCACAAGCGUCGUCUCGAUCGAUUCGUGGUCAGGCGACAGCCGGAGGGCAUAGAUUUUCAUGGUGAGUGACCGCGAACAUAUUAUGAGGUGUGAUACCGAGGGCGUGACUAUGGCGGGGAAGGACCGGUAUUAGCAUUACGGGGCCUGUUGGCGCCGACGAGCAGUCGCGGGUAAAAUGCGGCGGCAUGAACAUACGGAUCAGUGUGGAUAUAGGCUCGCCAUCCUGCGCGGUAUUGGUUAGGUCACCUAGAGCAGCUCGGGUGGAUGGGCAAAUACACGAACCCCUUCAAUGGUAGCAAAAUGCCUGCCCGUGGUGAUGUCGGUUAGGACGGCCUCCUCUCCGAGCGUCGACGCCAAUAUCCGUGCUUUGUUGUCCAAUGCGACAGCGCCGCCAGUGAAAAUGGGCUGGAUGACCUUCUCGGGCUCAAAGGUCGUCUUAAAUGCCAUCUUUGACGCCAUGAUUUCGGUGGUAAUGCGCCGUCAACAACGACGAGGCCAAAUCAGAGGAAAAUGAUGCGCAUCCCACUCCCACGAGCUUGUUCCCCAGAAAUCAUCGAAUUUUUUUUUGGUCGCCAACCAAGAGUGGGGCCGUCGUGCGCGAUACGAAUUAAGGUUAUCUUAGCGUCUUGUGACGCUGCAAGAUGGCGGUGCUGGCCCAGCUCAAGUCAACGCACUCCCUUUGCCUUGACCUGUAUUCACUCACUGAGUUGCGCGUGGCCGACAAUAUAACAGUCCACGACACAGGUCACAUUCGAAGGGCAGGACACGCUUCCGCUCUGGGCGUGCCAAGAAGAGUCCCUGUCGCCUGGUGGCCAAUAUGCGACCACUGGGUUGAGUCGCUACACGUCACUUGCAAACCUCCCUAUCCAAAUCUUGUGGGUCAUGACUAGAUCUGAGCCCCUCACAUCGCUGGCCUUGGGCCGGUCGCCGUACGAUGAGGUGCGGAUGGGGGAGGGCGAGGGUGAUCCCCGGGCGCCAGUCCAGCUGUUUGACGAGCAUGGGCGCCCGGUGAACCCGGAUGCUAGGCGCCUCAACAGGGAGCUCAUUCGGGCCCAUAAUGAAGUCAUGCUUGCCAUUGGCGUUGCGGAACCCGACGAUGGUGCCGCUGAGAGGAAGGAAGUAGAGGAGCGCGAGAGCGCCAGGAUGGAGGCCGAGCGCAUCGGCUCAAGGCUAUCAGCCGCCGCCCAGCUUGUUGAGAUCGCCAGCGCCUGGGGGCUGCAUGGCCUGAGGAACCGGGUCCUUGUCUACAGACGAUACUCUGAGAUCCCCUUCGCCAAUAUAUACCACUAUGAGCGCAGUCGCAGGUCCAUGACCAGCUUUUUCUUGGCUGAUUUUCCGACAUUCCUGACCAUGACUGGCUUAAGAAUGCUCCCCCAGCUGCCUAGGAUGGUGCCUGGACUGCAGACGGCGCUUCCCGGAGUAUACAAUAGUAUAGCGCAUAAUGAUUGGCUGCCUAUCGGUGUGCAAUACGUUCGCCUACAUGUCCACAUCUUCAGCUUCAUGCGCCGCCUGGAGCUUGUUCCUCAGACCAGCAUAUUACCAGGACCUGCAUUCUUUAUCCCUUUUACAUCAUCAUCGCCAAUACCAUGCCCGCCCCCUAUCAGUUCCUUCUCUCCUGGAGGCAUCCUUGGGUGGUUAGGCGGCGUUGCUCUAAGCUUUGCUCCGCUCACAGCCUUCAUGCUGUACCUGCGCGCCUCCUCCAUCGUGCGCCAAUGUCUCCGGCCGUGGAUAUGCCAGUACCUACCCAGCCCCACAAACAAAGACUCUAGAGAUCAGCAGCAGCUGUCAGCGCUCAUCGGUGAAGGGGAGCAACACCCAUCGGACUGGGACCUCAUCGAGCAACAACAGCAGGGCUUACUGGGAUUUCCACACGGGGGCGCGGCGGCGAACGGGGGCGAUGGCGAGGAGCGCACCCGUGAGCGCACGGCCGCGGCGUCCACCGAUCCGCCGCAGGUCCCUACUAUCCGAAGGCAGAGCACCAUCUCGUCGAUCAGGGGUGGGAUCGACGACUAUUAUGACAGCGACGAUGAGGAAGACACGGAGCGCGUUAGCGCCACUCUCAUUAGUUUUGACGUGGAGGCUACCGAUGCUACGGAGGAGGGGGUGUGGUCGGCCGAGCUCCGAGCAGACGCGCCAGCCGACCUGGCCGGCGGCGCUGCGGGGCUAGGUGGCGGCGGCGGCGGCCCCGGCGGGGAGUGCCAUGGACAGCAGGCGACAGUCUCCUACAACGACAAUGCCCUGACGCGUCUCCCCGCCUCGCUGGCCGCCGACAUGCUGACCGUCGUGUCAUCCAACCUGCUCCAGGCACCGAUGGAGGCCUUUGCGCUGCGGCUGCUCGCGCGCACCUUCCUCGGCCGCAACGGCGGGUCCGUCGCUGAUGUGUACGCGCCUACUCCCUGGAGGGGCGUGACGUGGACGACUGUGAGUAGCCUGCUGCAGGUCGAGAUGGUGCACCUCCUCGUCAAGGGUGAGGUGUGGAGCAUCUUUACGCUGCUCUCGGACGUGUUCCGUGAGGAGAUCCAGAAUUAGCACCCUGAGGCUCCCCGGGAACUGGUCUAUAUCGUAGUUGGGUAGCCCACAGGGUGUUAUCCACGGAAUGGUGACGGGGUCAUAUCAACCGUGGGGGCUUAGCAGCAUGUGCAAGCAGACCUUUUCCAUCGACCACACCAACGAGGUCCGCGGUCCCUACGCAAGGCACAUAUUUCUCCUUCUCUACAACAAAAAAAAGUACUGAUAGGGUAUUGUCAAUCAUCCCGGUAACAAACAUUGUAUAAACAUGCCCAUGGCCCCAGACAGCCAAAAUGCUCACCCAUAAGCCAAGCCGAUUCAUUUCCAGACGCCUUGAAAUCAUCACGAUACUCGUAGACGUAAAGCCUCGGUCCUUAGACCGCUGAUGCUC